AUGGUUCUUUUAUUAAAGGAACACCAUGCUUUGGCACGGACGCAGAAUGAGGGAAGCAAAACAAAAGAAAAAUGUAAGAAAGGAACUAUUUUUGUGCACAUAUGGGGCAUUAGAACGGGCUGUUUAUGGGGAAAGCGUUUGAGUGUAUUUUUUGAGAAUUGUGAAAUGGGGACUAUAAAGAGGUGGAAGAGACGAGGGAUGAGAGAGUAUUUUUGUAAUAUUGGAAAACGCAUUUUUGGACAAGCAGCAGCCAGUUUUAUGCACGAUGGAUCUAUAAAUAGUAGUUAG